CAUUGAAGCUAAGGGUUGUCAUCCUCUGCUUCCUUUCAGUCCAGUCAUCCUAAAACCAACAAAAAUCUGCAAUAAAAUCUCAUUCCUCAUGUAGGUUCAAGCCUUUGCACAAUUUCUUUCAUAAGAAAGGCCAAAAUUUUGUCUGUGUUAGUAUUAUGCCAUGGAGGCCCUCAAUGCAGCAAACUUGACCCCAAUAUCUGUUCUUUGUGAAAAAAGAGCAGAACCCAGAAAAUUUUUGUGCCUUCCUACCACUUCACCACUCAAAUUUUCAAGCUCUGCUUCUAUAAGCACAAACCCACCUACAAUACAAGAGUGUUUAUCAAGGACUUUUCAUGGGAGUCUAGUGCUCUUAUCUUCAGUUCUCAGUACUGGGCUAGCUAAAGCUUUAACAUACGAGGAAGCACUAGAACAGUCAUUGAGCAGUCCUACAUCAGAUUUUGAUUCCAGUGGAGUUCUUGAUAGUGUUAUCAGUUUUGCAACUGAAAACCCUACCAUUAUAGCUGGUAGUGUUGCAGUUUUGGCAGUUCCAUUGAUUGUAUCUCAAAUUCUAAAGAAACCCAAGUCAUGGGGUGUUGAGUCUGCGAAAAAGGCUUAUGCAGUAUUGGGUGAUGAUGCAAAUGCUCAAUUACUUGAUAUUAGAGCGCCAGUGGAGUUCAGGAAAGUGGGUACUCCCGAUAUCAGAGGUUUCAAAAAGAAGCCUGUGUCAAUUUUUUACCAGGGUGAGGAUAAGCCAGGUUUCUUGAAGAAGCUGUCUUUGAAGUUCAAGGAACCGGAGAAUACUACAUUAUUCAUUCUCGAUAAAUUUGAUGGGAACUCUGAACUGGUUGCUGAGUUGGCUGCUGUAAAUGGAUUUAAAGCUGCUUAUGCCAUAAAAGACGGAGCAGAAGGACCCCGAGGAUGGCUGAAUAGUAGUCUUCCUUGGAUACCACCAAGUAAGGGAUUGAGUCUGGACCUUAGCAAUUUCUCACUUGGAGACGACUCUGGCACGCUGCCUGUCGCUGUUGGGAUAGCAGCAGCUGUUGGCUUAGGUGUAUUAGCAUUCUCAGAGAUAGAAACAAUACUUCAAGUAUUAGGCUCGGCGGCAAUUGUCCAGUUUGCAAGUAAGAAACUCCUGUUUGCAGAGGACCGUAAGCAAACUCUUCAACAAGUUGAUGAAUUCCUGAACACCAAGGUGGCCCCAAAAGAGCUUGCUGAUGAGAUAAAGCAAAUUGGAAAGGCUCUCCUACCAGCCGCUGUGACAAGCAAGGCUCUUCCUCCUCCAGUAGAAACAAGUUCAGCACCUAAUACUGCACCUGCCGUAGAUACCAAUGUACAAAAUGCAGAAGCUUCUGCUGCCGAUAGUACGGUACAAAAGGCAGAAGCUGCUGUGGAGCCAGCUCCCCAAAUAAAUUCAGUGAAAGCAGAAUCAGUUUCUGCAUUUCCAAGGCCACUUUCACCUUAUCCAUCUUAUCCAGAUCUGAAGCCUCCAACAUCUCCUACUCCGUCGCAGCCCUAAAGUUAUAGUUGCAUUGAAGUCUUCAAGUGGGUUCCUACAACAGGCAACUGUUUUGCUGGGACUUUAUAGGGCUAUUUUGUGAGUUAUCCAGUCUGUGCUCCUGAUAUCUAAAUUUUUCUAUCUUAUGUGACCUUAAAAUAAGUCAUGAAACAGAUGAUUUGGGGUCUGCCAACCAAUAUGAUUGUGUUUCUUUUAGCUCUUUUGUAGCUUUGUGGAUCUUUUGUAGUCGUAGCUCAUCGUUAACACUCUUUACAUUACUUGUCUGUGUGCAAACCGUUUGUAAUUUUUACUGGGAUAAUGACAAAUGAAUUGGAUGAAAUGCUAAAUCCAAGAUUUCUUAUAAAUAAAAUAAUGCAUUUCGUCCUUUUUA